GCUGAAUUUAACAUAGCAAACCAAAUUUUUUAAAUUUGGUUAAUCCAACUGCGUCACUACCGGAAAUAUUUCCAGAAAAAUCGAAAUGAUGAGAAAGAACAGAUACCUGAUCACAGGCAAUGCAGUCAGUAGACUCUAUGGCAACUUUAUGAAGUAUAGCAAUUAUUGCUUGCAACAUAAUAUAUCGAACGAAUUUCUCGAUGGCGUGGUGCACACGGAAGAUGGUUUUGUUGCCAAUGCCGUCUAUGCCAAAUUCUAUCAGGCGACGGAUUUGACGGAAUCACGUGUGCGUUCGUUGUUCACGCGGUUUGGACCAGUGGAAAGUGUUCUGAUCUACGCAACUCCACACGAUAACGUGUACAACGAUACAAAAACAAAUAACGGGAGCAAAAGGAGGAUUCCAGAGAACAAUCUACAGAAGGAGAUGGCCGGAUACGCCAUAAUAUCCUACAAAAAUUGUGCGGAUGCUGCUAGUUGUUUGAAACAAAACAGUAUGCUCUAUGAACAUUGCUAUAUAGCAAUGGCGGACAGCUGGCAUCAGGAGUCCUAUAAGCACCAAGUAUCAACUGAAUCUAACGCGAAUAUAAAUGCUGCAACUAGCGGAGAAAAUCAUCCCAUUGCAACAAAUUCACAGCAAGUUGACUUCCUUCAUCUAAACGAUUAUUGUCUGAUGCUGAUUUUUGAGAAACUUGACUGUUUCGACCUGAUUGCACUGAAAAAAACAUGCUGUCGUUUUGAGGGGAUUGCAUGCGAUAUAUUAAAACCAACUAUUAGCAUGCUCGAUUUCAAUAAGCAACUGAUCAAAAAAGAACUUGUCACUUUGUUGGACGCAAAAUCGUUGCUCACCGACGUGGGACUUUUAGUAGAUCAUUUGUCUAUCGAUCGGACUCGAUUCUCGAAAUUCGGAGAAAGGAUCUUGAGUCGUAUAUCUCGAUAUUGUCCAAAUCUCACCGAGCUGAGUAUUCACCACUUCACUUUAACCUCGUAUACUAUGCGGAGUUUGGCGGUAGUUUUUAAAUCACUUGUGGGGCUCUCAUUGAUCAAUUGUAACAUCGACGAUAAAAUUGGCAGAAGUUUGAAGUCAGCUGUAAAUCUGCAAAGAUUGGAUCUAUCACGGAAUCCUGCACUUACCGGCAAGUGCUUGAGUGCAGUGAAAAAUCUAAAAUAUCUAAAUUUGGAGAUGUGUUAUGACAUAAAAGGACAGCCAUUUUCAGACUUUGCAUCGAAAAACAGCACCCUUGAAUACUUAAACAUCGUCAAGUGCGUACAUCUGACUACAGAUGCGAUCAAUUCAAUCUCGAUUUAUAUGACUGAGCUGUCCAGCUUGGCUUUCAGUAAUGAUUUUAAAGGUUUAAAUUCCUCAAGCAUGGCUAAGAUUGCUGAAUUACCUAAGCUUAAAGAAAUAAAGAUCAAAUGCAUGUUUUUAGAGCAGCCCGUCGAUCUGAUACUGCGAAAACUGGUAGAAGUGGAUCAUCUAGAGAGCCUGAUUCUGCUAGCGAGCCUAAAUGACUAUAAUCUGUUGUGUGGCCUAACACAGUUGAAGAAGUUAAAAUUAGACAGUGCACUUGGUUUUUCCGACCAACAACUCUCAACAUUGGGUUCCAGGGGGAGCUUUAUUGAACUGGGCAUUACCGGUCGCACACAAAUUACCGGCAAUCAACUGAUCGAGUUUAUCAAAACGAAUCCACAGCUGCAGCUACUAGAUAUUUCAGAUCGUCAAAUUUCCAAUGGUUUCAUCUUUUCGGCGAUCGAAAUAUUAAAUCAACAAGCUUGCAACCGACAAGGAACUGUAAGAAGUGGCAAACUGAAAUUAAUCGUUAAUGACACACGCCUUUUUUCGCAGAUCCAACAGGAUUCAAUUGUGCAAAACAAUCGGCAUCUGCUUGAAAUCAGUUAUUCGGAGAAAGACCCAAAACUGGAUUUAAAUAUGUAUACACCAUUUAUUUUCUGAGUAAUCAUCGGACCCGAAGCCAGUCCGUGUCCGAGAAUUUGAAGUUUGAAGACCACAAGAACGCCUGGAACCGAUUUGGCGACAAACAGCAGCGGUGACAUCUUUGUGACAAUAUCUGAACUACUCCAAAGUCACAUCUUUCAUUAUUAUGUUAUUAGUUACUUUUAAAAUUUUGUUUUAUUAACGGCAUACUACUUGCCUCACACUUGCUAAACUAGUGUAGCAACCUUGUGCUCACAGUCAUAUCCCUCAGCAGAGUAGUACCCCUCAAUUUUGCUCGGCGUCUAGCUGUCCAACAAGUUUCCUGCUCGACGUGUGAUGCAUUCUCAA